AUGGCUCACCAGUUGCCUAAACGCAUUCUUCAAGAAGGAGCUGAGACGCAGAUUGAUAAGAUUAACAACACAUGUAGACGGACGCUUCUGAAGGCGGUAAAGGUUGCUCUGAAAGAUGAGUAUGAGGAAGUUUUGAAAGACCCUGUCUUCGGGCCUCUUCUGGCGAUCAUAGAGAACAACCUCAUCUACUCAGGGAAGAUUAUUCACAGCUUCAUGUGCAAACAGCUCAGGGUUUCCAAGCUUCACGAGCUGUGGUUUAUUUUUGCGAAGAGGCCUCUUAGGUUUUCUAUGCAAGAAUUUUAUGCUGUGACUGGAUUGAAGUACAAAGAGGAACCCGACGUAGACUUCAUUAACUGGAAGAAUGAUAAGGGGUUCUGGAGCAAUGCCCUGAAGACCAGUGCGAAGAUCAACUUAUAUACUAUAAGGGAUGAGCUCCUUAAAGUGUGUAACGAGUGGUCGUAUGUGGACAGAGUGAGGUUAGUGUAUCUGUCUAUUAUACAAUCAUUCCUCAUGUCUAAGGAUAGGAAAGUGUAUAUCCCUCAAGAAUACAUUCGUUUGGUGAUGGAUUUUGAGAAAUUGAGGAUGUAUCCUUGGGGUCUUCGCGCUUAUGAUGAGCUGAUUGCAUCAAUACUCAGAGCAAGAGAAGAUGUGCAUACGAAGAACAGCUACGUGUUGGAUGGAUUCUCAUAUGCGUUUCAGAUAUGGAUUAUGGAGGCAAUUCCAGACAUUGGUUCUAUGGGAGAGGUGUUCACAUUUAUAUCAUCUACUGGUGAUUUCGAUGUGAUUGAUAAUACUGAGUUCCUUAGGGAAGAUGAAAAGAAGGACGAAAGAGUUGGUCGUAUUGUUGAAUUGAUCAAUGCCAAACAAGAUUGGACGCAUUUCGAUUGGGAAGUUGAGUCUUUGCCUGCACAUAUGGACCUUUCUGAUUCAGAACAAGAUGAACCGGCUGAUGUUGCAGAGGAACCGUCUGUUGUUGCAGAGGAACCGACUGAUGUUCAAACUGAUGAAAAUGAAAUGAUGGAUUUUUUGAAGAAUUUGACCAAAUCAGCGAGAUGUGUAGAUAAGGGGACCCAAGACUCUUUACAAGAAGCCAUGGGAAACCUUUCUCAAGCAUCUCAUGUUAAAGGUUUUGAUCCUUCACAACAUCUGGAUGGUGAUGAACCAGCUGAAUUUGCCACUCCACUGUCUUCGUUUAAGCCUGCGGAUUGGAGACCACCUACUCUGAAAGACGUGGACUCACUUGAGGACCGGAUACAUGAUCCCGAUUACUCACUAGUGUUUGUCCCUGAGGAAUUAUGGGCCAAACUUGUUGACUGGACCAAAACUUUCAAGUAA